GGAGAUUUUUUCAGCUGUUUCUUUGUUGCUGCAUGCGUUUGUCACGGUUCGGGUGCACUAUGAUGAAGGUAACGAGCGAUCUACGUUGCCUCAAUGUAUCGUGCACUUAUUCACACUGAAUUACUGUCUAUAAUAAUGUUAUAGCUAUUGACGUUUGAGCAUAUAUCGCUCAAAACCGCCAGCUGCCUCCAUCUUUGUAUUGAUGAUGUCAUUUUGCUAGCUGCUGCUAACUUGCUUGCUAUGGCUCCCCUGGAGCUCCUAUGCUAGCCAGCUAGCUAUGACUAGUUUGAAAUUAAGUUUAUUAUGACAACAAUGUGUUUCCCUUUACAGACAGUAGCUGCGAUCUAAACCACGCUGCAGGAGAAGCACCACCAUGGUAAGGUGCCUUUCUAGAUUCAAGAUACCACAUUGGACCUUUUUGGUUAGCCUAGUUCUGCACUUUGUGGCUAGUUUUGCACGUGAACAUUUAUGAAAAAAUCUAUGUUGGUUGGAUGUUAUCAAUGAAUCAUGAUGAUAACAAUGUCAUCCAUCCUCUUGUCCUGGACAGGAGGACCAUGGUAGCAUCCACUCCUGGUUUGCCCACCCCGUGUAUGGCCGCUACUGGCAGCAUUACCAGCAGGCUAUGAAUUGGCACGAGAGACACAGGCAGGCCUACAGAAAGGCCUGGGAGGCAGCCUACGGGCCAGGGUACCCCCAACGCUAUGCAGACUGGCAUGGGGGAGAGAGUGGGGGGAGGAGGGCAGAGGAGACGUUCGCUGCUAAGGACCACGUGGAGGAGGAUUUAGAGGGGGGCACAGAUGAUGGGGAAAGUGGCUCAGACAGCGAGAUCGAAUGUGACGUCAGCAACAUGGAGAUCACAGAGGAGCUGCGCCAGUAUUUUGCCCAGACUGAGCGGCACAAGGAGGAGCUCAGUGAGUGUGUCAUUCUCUCCAUCUACAUCUAAAAGUUCCACAAUGAGUGUUAAUAACUCUAUAAUAACCCUCUAACACCACAUCAUAUGGUCUUCUGAUCAUACUGCUGUACGAGUAGACAACUUAAAGCACCAUUACAACUACAAUGAAUGAAUUACGAAGUAUUCUGAUGCUGACUUUAAAAGCCUUGUGUCUUGUGUUCCUCCCCACAGAGAAGCAGCAGCAGCUGGAGGCGGAGCAGCAGGAGACCUACGUGUUGGCCGACCAGGACAUGCACAGAAUUUCCUGGAGCAGCAGGUCGCUGCCCCCCUCUGAGCGGCCGGGUGAGCGCCGAGGCGCUGAGAUGAAGAAGCUGUACGGCGAAGACGCAGCAAAGAUCCAGGGCAUGGAGACGGCCAUGCAGCUCACCUUCGACAGAAACUGUGACAAGAAACAGCCCAAAUACUGGCCCGUCAUCCCUCUAAAACUGUAGCUCCACUACGGAUAUCUAUGUUCUUCCACUGGAGCCCACCCACACACUGCUCCAGUCUAGACAACCCCCUGAAACAUAGCUGAGAAACUGGGUCAUGUUCAGUAGGGAGGAAACUGUUUGAAACAGGGAGGUACUACCUGCAACCUGAUCAAAGUACCUAAACAUUCCCCCUUUCACCAUAACAUUUUAUGUCAACCAACAUUUAGGAGGGAAUUUUGUUUCUGUCAUUCCUACCCAGUUAUUUCUGUUCCUCUGGUUUCACAAUGAAAUUACAAAUGCAUAAGAUGAGGACAAGUAUACACAAUUUGCAUAAAUGUUAAAACUCCCCCUGCAAAUUGAGUUUACAGACUCUUUUUCAGGCUACCUGUUCUGUCAGUUAGCAGGGUUUCAUGUCCAGGUAGCCUACAAUCUAUGAUCCUCCUAUUGCUGUCAAAGUAGUUGUUGUUUUUAUGUUGGGGGAUUUCUUUCCUAGUUCAUUUAACCAUAAGUGAAGGAUGCAAUUGCUGCUAUAUUGGUUUCACCAUAGAUCGUUUUCAUCAUCUUCAGAUACUGCUUAAUAGCCUCCGCCUCUGUUUGCUUCUUUCUCAACAAUCAGAUGGGUUGUAUCCGUCUCAGCGGCUCAGGUAGAACAAUGUGUUGGUUUCUUCCCAUGUGUCUGUUUUAUAUCAAUCAGUUGUAUUUUUUAUAAGAUUAUUGAUAUCGUUUCUAAUAAAGAAUGUAUGUGAUUAAUUGAAACA